GCAAGUCCCGUGUCUUCGUGGCGGCGGCCCGCCCCAGCUGCCUUGCUCCUCUGGGCGAUUGCCAGCCUCACCAGCACGGUCGCCAGGGCGGAGCAGCAGCGAUGGUGACUCGUCCGCUGGCGUCGAGGAAUACCAGCUGACCGUCUUCCAGCAGCAGACCCUCGACCGUCUGGAGCUGGUGAGGCUGCCCAUUGCACAAGACGGCAACUGCCAGUUUGGGGCAGUGGCCAGGUGCGUUGGAAUGGGUGGCCAGGAAGCGCGGCAGCUGGCGGUCGACCACAUCCGCUCGCACAGAGAACGGUUCGAAGGUUUCAUCUUGGACGAGACCUUUGGGCAGUUCCUGCAGCGGCUUGCGGUCUCCGGCGCGUGGGGCGACAUGUGCACGCUGUUUGCCCUCGCUGAUGCCCUUGGCAUUGAGAUAGUGGCCAUCCAGGAAGAAGCAACGAUAGACGUUGCUCCUCUGCGUGGCCCACUACACGGCAAGGUGCAUCUCGUGCACUUCCAGGAACGCCACUUUGAUGCCACCGGCAGCGGCCAUGGGCACGUUCCUGGCACUGAUGUGGCAACAUCAUCCCUUGCGCUCCUCAGGACACUUGUCGCAGACUCCAGCGGAAUCCACGAAGAUGAGGAAGCUGAGGCCGGACAUUCGCAGUUGGAAUGCUGCCAUGCGGGCUGCCGGGGUGGGAGCCUGUAA